AUGAUGAGUCCAAAUAAAUACAAAAAUAAUUCAAACUCAUCAAUGGCGUCUAACGGAUACUCAGCGACUUCCAAGCAAACCAAGGGCUUCAAUCCACCACCUUGUGAGUCGGUAAACUGUAUGUCGAUGCCAUGGUUCGGCAUGGAUAUCGGUGGUACCCUUUGCAAACUGGUGUACUUUGAGCCAAAAGAUAUCACGAGGGACGAAGCCGAUGCAGAAGUUGAAACUUUAAAAAAUAUUAGGAGAUAUUUGACGAAAAAUUCAGCCUACGGGAAAACUGGACACCGAGAUACUCAUCUUCAGAUGGACAACGUUGAAAUCCGCGGCAGAAGAGGAACCCUUCACUUCAUAAGAUUUCCCACCAGUGAAAUGGGAAAUUUUUUAGCACUGGCGAAGUCUAAGGGUAUGGCGAACUUAGUGACCACAGUGUGCGCGACAGGAGGAGGUGCUUUCAAAUUCGAGGACAAUUUCAAGCGAGAGGUGAAUAUGAGCCUCGCUAAAUUCGACGAAUUGCACAGUUUAAUCCGAGGGAUGCUCUACAUCGAGACGACGAAUCCUCACGAGUGCUACUACUGGGCAGAUCCUACUGAUGACACACUUUGCCAUAAAGUUCCUUUUGAUUUUUCCGAGCCUUAUCCCUUUAUACUGGUAAAUAUUGGAUCCGGAGUCAGCAUACUAGCGGUGUACGGCCCCGACAACUUUAAAAGAAUAUCCGGCACCAGUUUAGGAGGUGGUACAUUUUUAGGACUCUGUUGUUUGCUAACUGGCUGCAAUACUUUUGAAGAAGCCAUUGAAUUGGCCACAGGAGGCGACAACACUCGGGUGGAUAAGUUGGUUAAGGAUAUUUACGGUGGUGAUUAUGGUCCUUUCUGUCUUCCGGGUGAUCUGGUCGCUAGC